AACAAACUGGAAAAAAUGCCACCUUCAAUCCCACAACAACCGCCAGCUCUCUCUUCCCUCACUACCCUGAUCUCCACCACUACCGACGCAAGCCCCCUCGCCUCGAUAACCCACCAAGUCCUCCACAACUUGCAACAUCAGCACCUUUGGACAUCAUUACAAAUCCACCAAGUGACGACAGAGUUUCCAAUUCCGCUCAUAUCUGGGAUUCCUCCGCACAGGGUCUACACCCACCCAGACGAACAACUGUACAUGGUUGAGCGGGGUCUGCGUGAGGAAGACGUCGAGCUGGAGCGCAUGUUUGUUGUCCCGACUGUACAGGGGCAAUCUUGGAGUCUGGAGAAGAUGGCAGCAGUAUUUGAUGCGCUUCCUGAUCCUGCAGAGGAGGAGGGCGAAACAGCGGCGAAAAUUGAUACCAAGGCGGAGGCGGAAGAAAAGGCUUUGGGGGAUGGAAACGGUGCUGCAGACAAAGCUGCGAGAUUGGCUGAGUAUUACGAGUACCGGGCCAAAGCGCGUCGUACGGGCAAGUGGGGUUCGAAGAGGUUGCUUUUGGCUAUGAUUGAUAAGGGCAUGGGAGGAGAAGGAACGGUGGUUUACUAUGUGGUCCAGGAGGGGACUGUCAAGCCAAGGCAAAAUUAG